AUGCUCCCCCGCAUAUUAUUGUGUGGUGAGAUUGAGUAUGUCCAGGACGAGUUCAAGGAGAUGUUCCAUGGGAUCGCCGAAGUGAUACCUCUGGUUUCAGAAUCUCGUUCUCAUUUCCUCUCUUCAUUCGGUCCCGGUGGGCCAUAUGAGGGGACUGUCGCCGUGUACAGGCGCAACACGUCUUCUGAAGUCAUAGGAAAAUUUGACGCACCAUUAAUCCAUGCUCUAGCCGACACGAGCACGAUACGCUGGAUCGCUCAGAGUGGCGGUGGUUACGAUGAAAUCGACGUGCAAGCCUGCAAAGAACGAGGAAUUUUGGUGUCGAAUACUCCAGGAGCAAACGAGGAUGCGACUGCCACAGCCACUUUGUACCUUAUGCUAUCGUGCCUGAGGCACUUCUCGAUGGCAGAACGCUCCCUUCGCUCUGGUACAUGGAAGAGACCCUUUGAAGCAGCGAAAACUCACGACAUUACUGGGCGUACGCUUGGUAUCGUGGGCUUAGGCGCCAUUGGUCUGAGAUUCGCUCAUCUUGCGCAUGCCUUUCCAAUGCGCAUCAUAUACUUCUCACGAAGAAAGUUAGAGUCUGUCCCAGACUGGUGCGAGUAUGUCUCAAGUGUGGAAGAGCUGUGCAAGCAGAGCGACAUACUCAGCCUACACGUCCCUCUCAACAAAUCCACAACUGGGAUGAUUGGAGAGAAGGAGAUCAGGACUUUGCGACGGGGUAGCGUGCUUCUAAAUACAUCACGAGGACGGGUAGUGGAUCAAGAGGCAAUAAUACGAGCGCUAGAAGACGGUCAUCUUUCAUCAGUUGGCUUGGAUGUAUACCCCGAUGAACCGCGCGUAGAUCCGCGUCUAUUGAACUUCCCGUGCUGUACACUUCUACCGCAUAUUGGGGGAGAGUCAGCAGAGGCGUGGAGAACGAGAGAACUGCAGGCAUUAGGUAACUUGAAGGCUUUUGUGCUGGGCGGAGUUGGAGAUGACGUUGUCCCUGAGCUGAAGGCAGGAAUCGACAGUUCAACUACCUUGUGA